AUAACAACGAUACUAAUAACAUAUCACCUUCUAAAAAUCCUAUCAAUAACACUUCGCCUAACUUAUCUUCUUCUACCAAUACAACCUACUCUUCUACCAAUACAACCUAUUCUCCUACCAAUACAACCUGUUUUCCUACCAUUACAACCUGUUCUCCUACUCAUACCAAUACAACCUCUUCUACCUCUAUUCCCACCAAUACAACCCAUUCUCUUACCUCUAUUCCUACCAAUACAACCCAUUUUCCUACCUCUAUUCCUAUCAAUACAACCUGUUUUUCAACCUCUAUUCCUAACAAUAUGACCCAUUCUCAAUCAGUAACUAGUUCUUAA